AAAGUCUCAGACUUGUCGCUCCCAAUGGUUAUUCCAAGUACCCACAUUAAGCUGAGUGCUAAACUUGGAAGAAAUCUCUAAUGUCUGGAUCUGAAGCUACCCCAUUCACCUCAGCUCUCUCUGCAUUCUUGGAUUUUGCAGACUGCAGGAGAUCAUGAGCGCCGAAGAUAUACUUUCAAAUUUCUAGUCCUUUUCAUAGACUCCGGUCUCAAUCAAUAAUGAAGCCCUGUCCCUUUUCAGUUGUUUCUUUCGUUUUUGUCAUUGCCAUUCUUCUUCCUCUGGUUUUCUCUGAUUUAAAUUCUGAUAAGCAAGCCCUUCUUGACUUUGCUAAUGCUGUUCCCCAUCGCCGUAACCUUACUUGGGACCCUUCUACCUCAGUCUGCUCCUGGGUUGGCAUCAUUUGCAGUCCAAACAGAACUAGAGUGAUUUCUGUCCGUCUCCCAGGAAUUGGACUUAUAGGUUCUAUCCCAUCAUACACCCUGGGCAAACUUGAUGCCCUCAAGAAUCUCAGCCUUCGAUCCAACCGCCUCAGUGGUAGCCUUCCAUCUGAUAUAACCUCCCUCCCAAUGCUCCAGUACCUAUAUGUCCAGCGGAACAACUUCUCUGGUGAUAUUCCUUCUUCCGUUCCAGUUCAACUCAAUGUGUUGGAUCUAUCAUUUAAUUCUUUCACAGGCAACAUUCCGCAAAUGGUACGUAAUUUAACUCAACUCACAACAUUGUACCUCCAGAACAACUCCCUUUCUGGACCAAUACCUGAUCUCAACCUACCUAAGCUAAAGCGUUUGGAUUUAAGCUACAACCAUCUUAAUGGCUCUAUCCCAUCAUCCCUUGAAGGGUUCCCUACUUCAUCCUUUGCGGGAAACUCUCUAUGUGGUGGACCUCUUAAAGCUUGCACCCUCGUACUUCCUCCACCACCUCCGACCUCCUUUUCACCGCCAGCAGCAGUUCCUCAUAAAGGCUCCAAAUUGAAGCUGAAAAUGGGAUAUAUCAUUGCUAUAGCAGCUGGAGGGUCUGUGCUACUGUUGCUUUUAGGCCUCAUUAUAGUUCUCUGCUGUAUGAAGAAAAAAGACAAUGGAAGAACUAAUGUAUUGAAAGGGAAGGCUCCUACUGGUGGGAGGAGUGAGAAGCCCAGAGAGGAGUUUGGCAGUGGGGUGCAAGAACCUGAGAAGAACAAACUAGUAUUUUUUGAAGGUUGUUCAUACAAUUUUGAUCUUGAUGAUCUGUUGAGGGCUUCCGCUGAAGUGUUGGGAAAAGGGAGUUAUGGUACAGCAUACAAAGCUGUCCUGGAGGAGGCAACAACAGUUGUAGUCAAAAGGCUGAAGGAAGUUGUCGUUGGGAAGAAGGACUUUGAACAGCAAAUGGAGAUUGUGGGAAGAGUUGGACAACACACAAAUGUUGUACCACUCCGUGCUUAUUAUUACUCAAAAGACGAGAAGCUUCUGGUGUAUGAUUAUAUCUCUAAUGGCAGCUUGUCAGCUUUUUUGCAUGGAAACAGGGGAGGAGGAAGAACUCCAUUAGACUGGGAUUCGAGAAUAAAGAUUUCCCUUGGAACUGCAAGGGGAAUUGCCCACAUCCAUUCUGUGGGCGGUCCAAAGUUCACUCAUGGAAAUAUUAAGUCCACAAAUGUACUUCUCAGCCAAGAUCUUGAUGGGUGCAUCUCUGAUGUUGGUUUGACUCCUCUUAUGAAUGUUCCUGCCACUUCUCGGAGUGCAGGUUAUCGUGCUCCAGAGGUAAUUGAAACUCGUAAGCACUCUCACAAAUCAGAUGUGUAUAGCUUCGGCGUCGUCCUCCUAGAGAUGCUAACUGGAAAAGCUCCUCUCCAGUCACCAGGGCGUGAUGACAUGGUUGAUCUCCCAAGGUGGGUCCAGUCCGUGGUCAGGGAGGAAUGGACUGCAGAGGUUUUUGAUGUUGAGCUUAUGAGAUAUCAAAACAUUGAAGAAGAAAUGGUCCAAAUGUUGCAAAUUGCAAUGGCUUGCGUGGCAAAGGUUCCGGACAUGCGACCUAACAUGGAAGAAGUUGUUAGAAUGAUUGAAGACAUCCGGCAAUCCGACUCAGAGAACCGACCAUCUUCUGAAGACAAUAAAUCAAACGUGCAGACUCCUGACCUCUAAAACUAGCUUGUUGCUGUUUCCAUUUAUCAGUUUGGUAAAUUCAUAUUGACAUUCAUCUGAUGAUUACGGAAGCAUAAUAGAACAUUUUCUAUAUUUGUACAUGCCUCCUAUGGUUUUCCCUAGCAUGAUUCAAUUCCACGCAUGGCUUUGUAGAGUGGGAUUCAAUCCAAUUGCGAGAUUUUCCUAGAUAGUUUGUAUUUUCUUUCUUUCAUGAUUUCUUCAUUUCUUGUAAUAUGCAUUUUAGCAUAAUGAAAAAAUUGAUGAUCUUC